AUGGCUAUCUCAAUUUUGAUACUUGAGGUUUUAUUUUCUCUUGCUUCAUCAAAGCUCUCAAUAUGAAUUUUAUAUAGCCAGGAAACAGACUGAGGAUUGAUUAAUCAAAUGUCUUAUGAUCUAAGUUCAACAUAUAAUAGCAUAAAUCUAUUUCAAGAGCUCAUUGAUGAAAAAUCACAAAUAGGAAGAAAUUUCUCAUCUCCUGCUAUUGCAAUUGACUUAACCCAAAAUUUGCUAUUGAACCAAAAAAUAAAAGAGGCUGCUAGGAUGAAUCAUUUUAUCUCUAUAAAAAUUGAUGAGCCUACCGAAAGUUAUGAGGAAUGGGAGUAUUUUUCACAUAUUUCAACUAGCAAAUACACAAAAAGUUUUAUUAGCGUGCUGCUAUUUUUAGGGUGAAACAAAAUUGGAAUUAUUUAUAGUGAUUCCACUGAUAAUAUUAGAUUUAGAAGCUAUUUUGAAAAAGAGUUGACUUUUUAUGGUGCAAAUUUCUUUUCUAGGAUUUUUGGGAAUUGGCUGAGUCAAGGUGUAACUGACUUAACUUAAUACAUGCUUAAUACCCAAUACCACAUCGGCUGCAAGGGCUUCUGCAUCUGCUUCGAAAAACCCUGCUUUACUAAAAAUCUCGGAACAAUCUUGGUAUCAAGGCUGAAUGAUGGUCUUCUUGGCCUUGGUCUUUCAGAUUUCGGUUUAUUUCUUCAAGUUUUUGACCCAUAAAUAUUCGUUAGAAGAGAGUUCAUUGAAGGCUGAGGCUUCUAGCCUGAGUUGGUGCCAUACUUUUAGAAACUUCGAUAUCCCUAGAUUUGCAUAUCGUGAAAUUUUGUUUCGUGUCAUAUACGGAUAAAUUCAUUGGUAAAGCAAACUCAUAGUAAAAAUCUGCAUAAGAAGAAUUUUUGGCUGGGGCAGAAUAUUUGAAUGUCGCCAUAUUUUGAUUAUCUAGUCAAGGUGUAACUGAUGAAUUAAUUUCUCGAGAAAUAAAAGUAAAAGGGCUAAACCAUAUUAUAAUUGCUAAUGAAGGUAAAGGAGCUGAAAAAUUGAUAACUCUUCUCUCCUUGAGCAAGAAAAAUCACUCUAUGUUUUGGGAAAAAAAUGAAUAAAAUGUUUUUAUAAAAAUAUUAAAAAAUAAGCAAAAUUUUGUGUGCUAUCUUACGGAAGGGAGAGUAAGCAGCUUUAUAUCAAAAAAUAUGUAUAAAGAGGGUUUUGGGCUGAUUCUUGGAAGUAAAUCUGCAUGGGCCUCAAAUAGAGAUGGGCUGAUAUUUAUAGUUGAAAAAGAUCUAGAAUACGCUAAAAAUUUGAAUAAUUACCAUUCCUUAAGCAUUAUUAAUUUUUUGCGUGACAUUGAUUUUGAGUCUGAAUCAAUUUAUGCUGUAAAAGCUCUUUUUCAAAAGUCGACAAUUAAUCAUCAGCCUUUAAAUCUAUUUUCAAUAGUAAACGUACAAGGAAGCUCAAAAAAAAUAGUAGGAUAUAUAGAAAAUAAUAUAGUGAAUAUUUCUGAUACUAUUAUAUACCCUGGAAACACAACAAUUGCUCCAAGUUCUCAAAAACCACCAAUCAUUAUAUCAGUUGCCUCAGGGGAUUCAAAUUUCAAUGGUCUCAAGCUCGGCUCUAAUAGUCAUCUAAAGCUUGGCUCUUCAUUUGCUCUAAAAUACGCCGAAUACAUACACAUUUUAGAAAAUUUCAGCUUAAAAUUGUAUCCAACAGACUGCAGUGCUGAUUUUUACUAUCGUCCAUUUUCAUAUAACUGUUUAUUAAGCCACAAAGACAGCUUGGGUGUUGCUUUUUUGCCAUCUUAUAAUGAUAACGUUUGUUAUGGGACUAUAAAAGAUUUUAGAGACCUGGGGAUAAAAAUCCCUUUAAUUUCAGAUGAAUGCACUAGCGAACUAUUUACAAAUAAAACAGCAUAUCCUGAAUUCGUUAGGAUUAUGAAAAGUUUUGCAUUUCAUUCAAAUAUGCUUGCUUAUCUUAUGAGUAUUUUUAGCUGAAAAUGCGCAGUAGUCUUUUAUGAAAAUUCAACUUUUGGGCUGGAUAUGUAUAAGAACUUUUACAAUGUCGCUAAAACUCUAGGAAUAAAAAUAGUUAAUGAUGAGGACAAAAGAAUGCUUAAUCCUUUAUAUAGUCCACAGCUUUAUGGAAAUUAUUCAAAUUAUAUGAAAAAUGCUAUUGCCACCCAAUGCAAAAUUGUGGUUCCUUUACUAGAGCCUACCCCGAUGUUCAACCUUUUUGGGCAGCUAUAUGAUGAAGGGAUCAGAAGAAACGAUAUGAUUUUUUUGCUAUAUAGUCCCUCGCUUGAAUUUCUGAUCGGCUCCCAUGAGCCAAAGAUAGAUUUCACACGUGAAAAUCCAGAAAUUCCACGUGGAAACCCAUUUUUGGCUCGUGGGAGCCGAUCAGAAAUAACGCCAAAACAUAAUAUCUCCCUAUUGCAGGAUAUUUUGAAAAUUCUCAAGCAAUUACUGCUGACACAAAAACAAAGGUAAAAGAGCUUUUAUUUGGGUCAUUGGUGUUGUGGCAAUCAGAAUGGCUAGGAAGUUAUGGGGCAUCACUGAUAGCUUUAGGUAAUAAAUUUUAUGGGUUUUAUUUAUAUUAUGGAACAUGCCCAUCUUUUGAUGCUAUGAUGCUCGGAAUUCAUGGAAUAAAAUAUUUAAUUGAUGCUGGAGGCGAUUAUGAAGAUCCAGAACUAUUGAAUGAAGGAAUAAGAAAAGUGAAAUUUAUUGGGUGUUCAGGGACUGUGCAAAUCUCAAGCAAUUCUAAUGAAAAAAGCACAGCUAUAAUAAGUAUUAUGAAUGAAAUUUACAAUGAAACUCUUGGAUAUUAUGUAAAUUAUCCAGUAGGCACUUAUAGCAUAGGAAGCAAUCCGCCAUUUUCAUUCACAAGAAACAUCAUUUGGCCAGAUAAUACCACAAAUGUUCCAGGCGAGAAAAGACUGAAUCCUGAUAAUUGCCCAUUUAAUCUCCGGUUAAUAAGAGAUUCAGAUGCUGGCUCUGGUUUAUAUUAUGGACUUGUAUUUGGUAUCACAAUAAUAGUUGUAUUUUUAUCGGCUGUAAUUUUAGUUAAAAUUUACUGAAAAUCACAGAUUUUUAUGAUAACGGAACGAUGCGAAGUAAAAGCCAACGACUAUUUAGCCAUGUCUAUGAUUUUUAUUGAUUUUUUGCAAUAUUUAGCAAUGGGGCCUGAUAUUUACUAG